AACACAAACAGGCAUCAGUUGAGGCAGUCGAGCAAGAAAAACAAGCAUCAGCACACUUUCUUCACCACCGCAGCUCCGCAAGUUCAGUAGCUCUAUAGACACGGAGAUCACAAUUCAGUAUCUUCUCUCCAGCAACUUAGGAGGAGAUGGCUGCUCCGGCGAAGGCUUCGUGGAUGGUGGCGAUGAGCGUCGGCGCCGUGGAGGCGCUCAAGGACCAGGCGGGGCUCUGCCGCUGGAACUAUGCGCUCAGCUCCAUCCAUCGGGCCGCCAAGGCAAAGGCCAACGUCCGCGGCGGCGUCUCGCAAGGCAAGAAGCAGCUUCCGGCCUUUGCGGCGGCCGUGGCGGAGAGGCGGCGAGCAGAGAAGGCCGAGGAGGGGCUGAGGACGGUCAUGUACCUCAGCUGCUGGGGCCCAAACUAGGAGUACUAGUAGCUAGAGGUGUUGUGUUCGUCGGAGCAAAGUAAGCAACCAUGGCUGAUUGCCCUUUCCCCACGAUUGUAAGAUACCAUAAUGAUUAUGAUGAUGAUGAAAAUUUUGGCCUCA